AUGAGCCAGCCAGGGCUGGCCGACUUGGCAAACGAGACUUUGGAAGCUAUUAUGCAAUACAUUCCAGCUAAGGAAAUAACGGAGAAUGUUCGCAAUACUUCACGCCAGUUAAACAAACUCUCGUAUAGCAAUGGAUUUUGGCAACGGUAUCUUAAGGUACGUUUUUCCUUUUAGUUUCUUUGAUUUUAGUCUAGAUUAAAUGAAAUUUUGAUGGAUAAGUCAAUUGAAGCUCAUGUAUUGGACAUUAAAUUGAAGUUGGACGAAUUUUCGAAACUGUAAAUGUUCUUACAUCAUAUCUAAUAUUCUUUUAAGUACAUUGAAUGUUAUUUGCAGUCAAAUCCUUUAGAAAUUUUUUAGUUUCAAUUCGACUUUGCUCCAAUUUGUCGGCGAUCUCUACAAGCCAAUCCAAUGGAAAAAGCUUUAGCCAUAGAAAAAGAGAAGCUUAGGUGGCAGAGGAAUAAAGGCCUAAACAAGUUCAAGAUGGGUUGUAGGAAUAUAGCAGCUAUAGAUGAUCUCAAAAUCCAUACUACGAAGAAUGGCAACCGGCUGGCUUUGACAGGCUCUCGGGAUCGAAAAGUUUUGAUUUGGGAUUUGAAGAAGGUGGCAGAAUGUGAAGACGACCGUGAAUGGUGUGUGGACUCAGGAGAAGUUCAUAAAGGAUGGAUAUAUGGGGUUGAAAUGGCAGACGACGAUAAAACUGUGUUUAGUUGUGGGUUUGACUACACCUUGAGGCAACAUGAACUGACUGAAAGCGGAUUAAGGGUAGGUUUUCGUUGGACUUUUCAUUUAUUGCUUGUUUUCGUAAUCAAUUAUUAGUUUAUUAUCACAUAUUUAAACGUUGUUUUUUAGGAAAUAGCCUCUUUUGAUUACAAUCAAACUCUAAUGCGAUGUACCAUGGAUUACAACGUUCUCUACAUGACAACUUUAAAAUCAGGCAUACAUAUGAUUGACCCUAGAGCAGGACUAAAGCCACAGAGGUCGUGUACGGACAAGAUCAGCUCUCUGAUAUUAUCCGUCAUGGCUAACGAUUCUUCAAGAAACGAUUUGUUUGUUGCUCAUGGCAAAGGGUCUCCAUUCGCACAGAUAGACAAAAGACAGUUCAAGGUGUUAACAACGUUGAGAGUAAGUCACGGUGGAGGUGUAUCAUCACUCGAUGUUAACAACGAUCAUCUGCUGGUGUCGAUGAGGAAUGGGAACGUGUUAUAUUUUAAUCCAACCACACUGUCAUCUGAUUUCACGUGGAAGGUGGACAAUCUACCGAAUGUUGUGAAGAAUGUCAACACGAGGAGUUCGAACGGAAUGAUCUUGUACUCUACAGCAUACGAAUUGUCAGCUUACAUGCCCGGGAGGAAGCCUCAGCUGUACGGAAAGCUGGAGUCUAAGGAAAUGCUGAUUAAUGUGAGCUGUUAUCUACUGUUUUGUGGUUUUAUAACAGAAGAUAGCUGUUUUGUUAGUUAGAAGGAAUUUUAAUUUUUAAAACUUUCAGAUGGCUUACAAAGACGAUGAUCUCGUAGCGAUUACCGGAGACGGGUCGGUGCAGUUUUGGCCCAGAGAAACGGCCAAUUAUUCCAGGGAAGACGAUACGAGCAAUACGGAGGAAAUAGCAUAA